AUGGGCCCUGGGGGCCGAGGCGGGCCCGCCGCGCUGCGGCUGCUGCUGCUCCUGCUGCUCCCGCCGGGCCCGGGCUGGGCCGCCCCCACCUUCAUCAGCGUCAACCGCGGGGUGAAGGUGACCAAGGGCAGCUCCGCCUUCCUGUCCCCCGAGGACCUGCAGUUUGCCAUCCCCAGGCAGAAAGAUGCCUGCAAAGUGGAAGUUGUGAGGAACGAGCCAGUAACCCAGAGGGUGGGGAAACUCACUCCACAGGUCUUUGACUGCCAUUUCCUUCCCAAUGAAGUGAAAUAUAUUCACAAUGGUUGCCCAAUUCUUGAUGAAGAUGCAGUGAAGUUUAGGCUUUACAGAUUUACUGAAACAGACACCUUCACAGAAACCUUUAUCCUGCGGGUCUAUCUCCUGGAACCAGACUGUAACAUCAUCCGUAUGAGUAACAAUGUGUUGGAGGUGUCUGAAUUCUAUGGCCUCUCCAGAGCGAUUGAUAAGAACCUGCUCAGAUUUGAUUAUGUCAGGAUGGCUACUCUGGAAUGUACAGUCAGUCUGGACCCCGUGAGAACUCGGCUGCCAGCCCAUGGCCAGGUGGUUCUGGUGGAGCCUCGGCCAGAAGAACCUCGUGGAGACCAGCCACACAGUUUUCUCUCUGAGUCCCAACUGGGAACAGAGCAGAAGUGUCCAGGCGGAAGCUGUACCCUGGGAUUGAAGAAAGUGGGGAGUCUCAAAGUGAGCUGUGAGGAAUUCCUGCUGAUGGGGCUUCGUUAUCAACACAUGGAUCCCCCUUCACCCAACAUUGAUUAUAUCUCCAUCCAGCUGGACCUUACAGAUAGUAGGAGUAAAGUCGUAUACAAGUCAGAGAGUGCGUGGUUGCCCGUCUAUAUCAGAGCUGGCAUUCCAAAUCAGAUUCCAAGGGCUGCAUUCAUGGCCAUGUUUAUCCUGGAAGUGGAUCAGUUCAUCCUGACCUCUUUGACCACAUCAGUUCUGGACUGCGAAGAGGAUGAGACCCCCAAAUCUUUGCUGGUGUUCAACAUUACCAAAGCCCCGCGCCAGGGCUAUGUGACUCACUUGUUGGACCACACCAGACCCGUCUCCUCAUUCAGCUGGAAAGAUCUCAGUGACAUGCAGAUUGCCUAUCAGCCACCAAACAGCAGCCACUCUGAGAGGAGACAUUAUGAGGUGGAGGUGGAGGUUUACGACUUCUUCUUUGCAAAGAGUGUGCCUAUUUCAGUCCACAUCUCCAUCAGAACAGCAGACACAAAUGCCCCCCGAGUAUCCUGGAAUACAGGUCUGGAUCUCCUGGAGGGGCAGUCUCGGGCCCUCACUUGGGAACAGUUUCAGAUUGUUGACAAUGAUGACAUUGGUGCUGUCCAGUUAGUCACUGUGGACGGCCUACAGCAUGGACGGCUUACAGUAAGAGGGGGGAAAGGCUUUCUCUUCACUGUGGCUGACCUUCAGGCUGGAGUUGUUCGCUAUCACCAUGAUGACAGUGACUCUACCAAAGACUUUGUGAUCUUCAGGAUAUUCGAUGGCCAUCACAGCAUCCAUCACAAGUUUCCUAUCAACAUCUUGCCCAAAGAUGAUAGCCCUCCAUUCCUCAUCACCAAUGUUGUGAUUGAACUGGAAGAGGGGGAGACCAUACUGAUCCAGGGAUCCAUGCUGAGAGCUUCAGACAUGGACUCCAGUGAUGACUACAUCUACUUUAAUAUCACAAAAGCCCCAGAGGCUGGAGAGAUCAUGAAGAAGCCAGGGCCAGGACUGAUAGGCUAUCCUGUUCCUGGCUUUCUUCAGAGAGAUCUAUUUAAUGGGAUAAUUUACUAUCGUCAUUUUGGUGGAGAAAUCUUUGAAGAUUCUUUUGAAUUUGUCCUGUAUGACAGUCAUGAACCUCCAAAUCUCUCACUGCCACAGUCACUGGCAUUAGCCAAUGCAUAGAUGCUCGAGCUAUUCAUCUGUUUGCUAACAAGAAUAUAACAGAAGGGCACGAUCAGGAAGAAUGAUGUCCAAGAGCUCAGAAACUGAAAGAAGUAGGUGAUCCCUGUUAGGAAGGAAGGAAGAAUGAACGAGAGAAGCCUCGAUUCAUCUGCUUUUUGACUAACAAGUCAACUGCUUUUCAAAUAAUAGCCCCUUCCUUUAAUCAAUGUAUUACAUGUCAUUUCUAGAUUCAAUUUUUGCUUGAGACCUUAGUUGAUUUGGUGUUCAAAAUGUUAACUAAUAGAGUUUAUUUCGAAAUCUGUGUAUCUAUUCAGCAUGAGUUAUUUUUCUGACUAGAAUACCAUAUCACUUUUAGCAGACCACAUGUCACUUUUAAAUAA